AUGAAGCUCAUCUCCGCACUUGUUAUCAUCCUCAAGCUUGUCAGUCUCACCGAAGCUGCUAGGUGGACUCUGCAUAAAAGUUGCUACGAUAAUGAUGCAUACAAAAGUGGCAUGAUCCAGGCAAUGGAGACUGCGAAAUCAAGAUCUGCUUUCGCUGUUUCAAAAAUGACUUCUAUAAAUCCUUUUGACAGUUUUAUAAAGCUUGCUCGUUUGCUUACUACUAGUGGAGACGCCGGAGUUCUCAGGGGUCGAUACGAAAAGUUUGCUGAACUUAAUGGUCCACUUGGUAGGGAUAGCGGCUUCGCUGACUCCACCGAGUGGACUGGUCGAACUAAUCCUGACCGGACCGACUUUAUAUUGUACUGCGCCCCAGACCUCGUCGAGAAGGACACUGGGUAUGGCCAAAAACACCCAUUGGACAACGCAAGACAGCGUAUCUUGUUAGAUACCAGCGCCCUUGUCAUGAUCCGUGACGACAUAAAAGCUGGGACGUGGAAGAACCCUGAAAAGAAGAUCGCGGCUGUUACAGAGACAACGCCUGCGACGUUACUGCCGCAGGAUGAAGCAGCCAAGAUUCCAAACACCAUCACAUUUAACCCCAUCUGGCUUAACUCCAUGAUCCAGAAUGGGGGCCUUUUCGCCAGUGAUGAGACGAUGGAGAAAAUGACGAAGAAGGGGGCCUUGGCUGAACUUCAGAAAAGCUGGACAGACAAGAAGAGAGCCACUCCAAUUGACGCUCUGGUCAAUGACUUGGCAACCACAAUUCAUCACGAGUUGUUCCAUCUCAACGCAUUCGGUAGUCAUAAAGACUUACCAGCUGAUGAUAUUGGCGCGUAUGGCUGGAUGAACAAUGUUGAAAACAAAUUGAGGGACAACCCGGAUCUAAUGGCGAUCUUGGCACUUAUUUUUGACUUGAAGCAAAACAAGAAGAUUACUGUUAAAAAGGAUGGAGAAAUGAAGAAGUAA